AUGAGUGAGUCUGAUACAACGCAUCUGAAGCCGUCGUCAGCGGAGCAGAAUGCCGGCUCGGCCCCUUACACGCCGUUCCUGCUACGACUCUACGAUUUCUGGGUUCUCGGAGUAUCAAACCACUUUGCCUGGCAAUGCUCAACAACAAAAGUCCAGCUCCCUCUCUUCAAAGCCACAAUAGGAACAAGACACCUCGACGUGGGCGUCGGCACAGGCUACUAUCCCGCCAAAACCGUCGAGACCGAAACGCCCUGCAAAGAGAUUACCCUCGUCGACCUCAACCCCAACACGCUGAACCAAGCCGCCGCCCGCAUCAACGAAGCCCAAAAGAGCAUCAAGGUCAACACCGUCGUCGCCAACAUCUACGAACCGCUGCCUCUCCCCGCCGGCGAAAAGUUCGACUCCAUCAGCACCUUUUACCUGCUCCACUGCCUCGCGGGCCCCCCUGAGAGCAAGACAAAAGUGUUUGACGUGCUCAAGACCUACGUUGCCGACGACGGCGUCUUCGUGGGCACGACGAUUCUCGGCGAAGAAAGGCCGAUGAAUUUCUUCGCCUCGCGGCUCAUGAAGAUUUACAACGAAAAGGGCAUCUUUGACAACUGGCAGGACAGCAAGGCCGUGUUUGAGGAGGGCCUGCGGCGGAACUUUGACGAGGUUGAUAUUCAGAUUAUCGGGAGGAGCAUGGUCUGGACGGCGAGGAGGCCCAAGAAGGAAGCAUAA